AAAAUAUCAAUAUUUAGAGAUAAAUCUUUAAACCUAGGCUGAUGAACGAUAAAGUUAAUUCGAGAACGUAAUAACUAUUUCUUAACAUUAUAUUUUAUAUUCCUUGUACAUUUGUUUACUACUAGAGUUUUGAAAACGCAAAAGGUAUGGUUAAUCUCAUGGAUACCCUUAUGAUAAAUACGGUGACGGAGGGGGCAAUGAAUAUUUUACGAAGUGUUGGAGUUUUUAAGAACAGAACCGUCGUAGCACCACCUCCGCCAGUGAUUAUCAAAAUGCCGUUGUGGGAGCUUGCACAAGCAGCCGGGCCAUUCGUCAGAUUGGCAGGCCUAAGCGGGGCCACCGCCGUUGUUUUGGGUGCCAUGGGAGCACACCGACAUUUUCCAGAAACUGAUACAAAGGAAGAUCUUAAAAAAAUCUUCGAAACAGCAAACAGAUUUCAUUUUCUACAUACACUGGCACUAAUGACGGUUCCAUUAUGUAGAAGGCCAUAUAUUGCGGGUUCAUUUUUCAUUGCUGGUAUGGGGCUUUUCUGUGGUACUUGCUACUACCAUGCUUUUACUGGUGAAAGAGCCCUACGUCGUCUCACCCCUGUUGGAGGAUCCUGUCUUAUUCUUGGGUGGCUUGCAAUGGUAUUGUAGACAUUUUAAUAGAAAUGUCAGCCGUCUUUGUUGUAUUAGAGUAAUUAUUAUGUAGGUAAAGGUGUUUGUAGUUAUUCCUGAAUUAUUUUAUUAAAUCAUAAUAGGGUAUAGAACAUCCAAAAAACUGUUAUCUUUUUAAUAAUUGAAUAUUGAUGUAAAUAAUUUUGUUUGUCAUUAGAAAAUGUACCCUCAUCACUUAUUGUUAAGACUAUGUUUUUGUGCAGACUGUACAAACAAAUAAUAUAAUAUUAUAAAACAUA